AUGGUCUGCCCUCUAUGCAUCCGCUUCACUUCCUUCGCAACCUUUCCGCCGACGCCUUAUCAACAUCAAGCGGUUGCCGACGCCGUGGAGGCUUCCAGAUGGAAGAAACCAGGAGUGAGCUUCGCAUAUUCCUGUUGCCACGAGCUAGCAGCAGCUGGAUUCGAAAAGAGCCCAUCUGUCUUCAACUGCGCAGGCGGCCCGCCCCGGCAUAGCGCUUUGCCAAGGCAGCGGUGGCAGGCGGAGCCCCUCGCAGAGGUUUGGGUGGUCUUCGGACUCGGACUCCAUCGGCAUCUGAUGGCCGGGACCAUCCCAUGGUCUACGGUUCGUCAGGGCUCAGUUGGCUCCGCUGGCUGGCAGCCCGAGCCUAUGGAGUUUCUAAGCGACCUUCACUCGAACCCCUUCGUCUUUCCCUUCGAGGAGUGCUUCCCACCGGAGAGCCCUGCGACCUUUGUUCGGUGCUGCAACGCAAGGUGGCGCCACCAGCUUCCGAAUCAAGACUGCUGGGGAAGACCAUUCCUCCCAGGGGCCCAAGCCAAAUAUUUACAACGCCUGCAUGGGCUAAACGACAUGAACCUUUCUGCGGAGACCGGUGACUUACGUUUCGAGGCUGGCCAGAUUUUGAAGGAGGUAAGCAGAUACUGUCCGGAUGGUGAAUGCCACGAGCAACACUGGCCCUACGACAGCUUGCCGUUCCUGCAACAACUGCGCAUGGCACACCUGCAGGCCCUUGGAAGAUUGCGUGAAGUGGAGCCUGGAGAGCCACAGAAGAGCGGCAGGCUUGAGUAUCCAAGUCCAUCAGAGUUCAAGAGGUGGCUUAGCUGGAAGAACAGGAGCCUGACGAAUCCCAUGGAUUGCUGCGGGCUGGAAGUAGAGACUCAGAAACCACCGAAACUCUUUCCAACGCCCUUUUUGGACGAGUACUAUGAACAGAAGUGGCCUCCGGCGUUGACGGCGAAGAACCGGGUCGGUCGAGAUCUCUUCUCAUGCCAGAGCGUGUUGUCUGAAGUUUCAUUGCACGAGCUGGUGGUUCUGUACAUCCGCGCGGGGUCACCUGCUUACAUCUUGCGCGAACGAAAGGCUUUACCCCCCAGGGCCCAUGCCCGAUAUUUGAAGUGGAGUGAGAGAUGCGCACAUCACUACAGCACGUCUGAUCGCCCCCAGUUUUGGACGCAAAGUCUGCUUAGCUUCAAGCCUGAUGCUGGUCAGGCAGAGCCGCAACAAGAUCCGCUGUUUAUGGACAUACUGCCUGCGGACAGUGCUACUUUUCCGGAGGGGCGGGCAGCAUCCAAGCGCUUCGGGGUUCUUGCCAGCUGCGCCCAUCGGACUCGGAAGAACUGUCGCUUGGCAGUGGGCCUUUGGCAAUGCUACAGAGAAAGGCAUUCAAACGACACAGAGAUCUGGUAUCGGGAACAAACUGCCGAUUUUCACAGCGAGACGGAUCUCAGGUGCAGCUCAGGGGCCCGUGUCAGAGAUUUGGCGAGGCAGUGUGGGACGGGACUGGACUGCGAAGGGGCAGGACAGAGUUCCUUUCACUACUGGCGCACGUCCUUCAACGCACUGACAUUUAGCAGCAUGUGCAUGCUCCAUCAUGAUGCUUUACUUGACAACAAGCGCACAAAAGUUCGUGUGGGUGCGGACGUUUUCGGACGGUAUGAAUGGCACCUGCUUGUGGACGGAGGAGAUGUUAGCAUCGGACCAGGUUGCUUUGGCGAAAGCCUCUCAACAAUUAUCUCCAUGGCCCCACUUGAAGCGGAGAUAAUUAUAAAAGAUCCGAGCGACUUGGAAGAUAGCAACGGAGGAGUGGUUCUCGUACGUCGCUCGCCUUUGGGCAAGUUAUUCCUAGACCUAAUGCUAGACAAGACCAGCUGGCCGCUACAGCUCAUUGGAAGUGGCUGCUAUUGUGACCAACCCAGUAUGAACGAAGCGAUUCUGGAGAUAGUUGCAUGGGAGACAGGCGCGGAGUACAACUCAGACUGCUUGCCACACUUAUUUGUUGAGCCCAACGAAGACGGCAACUUUGGGUGCCACUACAUGACCCAUCUGCUUUGCUUCAAGACAAACCUGCGACGCAUGACAGGACCAUUCGGAAAUCGCAGCACUCGCAAGAUCUACUUCCUGCCGCCUCACCGGGCAGCAGACAUAAACUUCCGGCCGUCUGGCAAUGUGCCGGAUCGAGCGACAGAGGGCAACUUAGCCCACUUCCACUGGAGGCCAUUUAUAUGGCAUUGGAACAGCUAUCAAUCGAAGCAUCCGGUUAUGCUGAAGCACCAUGCAAUCGAAGAGAAUGCUCACAUGACCUUGCCGCCGUGCCUGGGGCCAGACUUGUCAGCUAAAGUUAUCACUCAAGCGCUUCUUUCGUUAAGUAUCCAUCUGUCGAAGACCGAUCAGAUCCUUCGAUCUGGCAUGCUUUCUCACGACUACAGUCACAGUGGUGCCAGCAACAUCUUGCCGAGCAUCCGCGUCGAUGUUCUUUUCGGUCUGCAUCGAGAGUAUGUAGCCAAUGGCAGCCUGGAGGACUGCCAUUCUGUUAGUUAG